CUCGAAACAAUGAUGCUUCCGAGCCCGGUGACUUCAACGCCGUUCUCGGUUAAGGACAUUUUGAAGCUAGAACAGCAGCAGCAUGUGUUUACAGAGCAGGGGUUUGUCUCUCCGGAGCAGGACACGGUUCCGCUGCAGUCUCUCCAAAUCCAGUGCACGCACAGUGCUCUCAGCAGGAGUCUGGAGCUUCUCUACAGCCCGGAGAAACCGUGUCUCGGCGGAGUAGAUCAAACGAAAUGUGCGUUGGGCUCUGACGACUUUGACAUCCUUGGAGGAUCGUGUGUCUCCCCGUCGGAAAAGGAGACAGACCCGAGCGAGGAUUCAGGAAUGUGUAUUUAUGACGAAUCCUUGAGCUGCAGCGUCAAAAAGACUGAGGAUGUUCAGCACGAGAGUUCAAAGCAGAGACUGCGCAGGAAACCUCGUGUGCUCUUCUCCCAAACUCAGGUGUUCGAGCUCGAGCGACGCUUCAAGCAGCAGCGCUACCUGUCUGCGCCGGAGCGCGACCACCUCGCCUCCGUCCUAAAACUCACCUCCACGCAAGUCAAGAUCUGGUUCCAAAACCGGCGAUAUAAAUGCAAACGGCAGCGACAAGAUAAAAGUCUCGAACUAGCCGGGCACCCCCCUCCGCCGAGAAGGGUAGCAGUCCCUGUGCUGGUUCGAGAUGGCAAGCCAUGUCUUGGUGGAACCCACGCGCCCCCCUACAACGUGACAGCCGGCUCAUACCCUUACAACGCAUAUUAUAACGGCUACAACAGCUCUCCGUAUAGCUGCAGCUUUACCACCAUGCCCACUUUUGCCAACGCAACGCAAAUACCCAAUCACAUAGUUGACAUGAACAUAUCCAUUGGUAAUGCAGACGGAUCAAUGAGUCAGCAAGCGCCUUUUCAGUCAACACUACCCGGAAUCAGAGCGUGGUGA